CACAGAGCCUGGCUUCACGGACCCAGGAGGGAGCCGGGUGAGGUCCCAGCUCAGGGCGGCAGGGAGACACUCACUUCCCAUUUGGGAACGAAGCUGCCAGAGCGGAGAUUCACAGCCAGAGAUGUGGGCAGAGAACCUGGCACGGGCAGGACCAUGUUCCAAUAAAUGAGGCCUACAGGGCGAGGCUUGAGCCCCGACUCCCAGCCAGAGACGCGACAUCACACCAGGAAGAAUGAAGAGGCCGCUCCCGGCUCGCCGAUGCCCAGGCCGGGGAGGGAGGGCGACAGGAGGUGCCCCCCCUCCAUCCUGAGGCGGAGCGGGCCGGGGUGCCGUAGCCACGGGGCCGAGCCACAGAGGACCUCGAGGCGUGUGCGGUUCCGGGAGCCCCUGGAGGUGACCGUCCACUACAUCGCCCGCAGGGAGCCCACCACCACCACCACCACCACCACCUGGGCGCCCAGCCGGCGCAGGCCCCGAGGCGGCUCCCUGCUCCUGCGGCUGUCCGUGUGCGUCCUGCUGGUGCUGGUGCUGGGUCUGUACUACAGCCGAACCAAGCCCGUGGCGCUGGCCCUUGAGGACCUCCGGGCCCGGCUCCUGGUGCUCGCCCUGCGCCUGAGGCAAACGGCCCUCACCUGCUGGCGGGGCCUCCUGCAGCGCUGA